AUGGCUCUGUCCCAGACUAUCAAGACCCCCGCGGUCUCUUAUGAGCAACCCUUAGGACUGUUCAUCAACAACGAAUUUGUCAAAGGCGUUGACGGCAAAACCUUCGAAACAAUCAACCCUCACAACGAGAAGCCCAUCGUCGCCGUCCACGAAGGCACGGAGAAAGACGUCGACAUCGCCGUGAAAGCUGCCCGCGCUGCACUUGAAGGCGAAUGGAAACAGAUUACCCCUUCCAACCGCGGCCGUCUCCUCACCCGCCUCGCCGACCUCCUAGAACGUGACAGCAAUACGGUAGCCGCCAUCGAAGCCCUCGAUAACGGCAAGGGUGUGUCAAUGGCCAAAGGUGAUGUCGCAGCCUCGGCAGGAUGUCUUCGCUACUAUGGCGGCUGGGCAGACAAGAUCUAUGGUCAGACAAUCGAUACAGACACGGGCAGCUUGACCUAUACAAGGCACGAACCUGUCGGUGUCUGUGGACAGAUUAUCCCGUGGAACUUUCCGCUGCUUAUGUUUGCAUGGAAAAUUGGGCCGGCCAUUGCGACGGGAAACACAGUCGUUAUGAAGACCGCGGAGCAGACGCCACUAUCAGCUCUAUAUGUGGCUGCUCUUAUUAAGGAGGCGGGGUUCCCUCCUGGCGUGAUUAACGUCAUUUCAGGGUUCGGAAGAACGGCGGGCGCGGCAAUUGCUUCGCAUAUGGAUAUUGAUAAGGUCGCCUUCACCGGGUCGACCCUUGUUGGCCGACAGAUCCUGCAGGCAGCAGCAAAGAGCAACUUGAAAAAAGUUACGCUCGAACUUGGUGGCAAGUCGCCGAAUAUUAUUUUGCCCGACGCAAAUCUGGAAGAGGCGAUUGGGUGGGUGAACCUGGGGAUCUUCUUCAACCACGGACAAUGUUGCUGUGCGGGCUCGAGGAUCCUGGUGCACGAGGCUAUCUAUGAUGAAUUCCUGUCGCUGUUCAAGAAGCGCGCUGAGCAGAACAAUGUCGGAGACCCGUUCAACCCUGACACUUUCCAGGGCCCACAGGUGUCGCAGAUACAAUAUGAUCGGAUCAUGGGCUAUAUUGAGGCCGGAAAGAAGGCGGGAGCCAAGGUCAUCACUGGUGGCAGCCGACAUGGUGGCGAAGGGUAUUACAUCCAGCCGACGAUCUUUGCGGAUGUUGAUGAGAAUAUGACGAUCGUAAAGGAGGAGAUCUUCGGACCGGUGUGCACUGUGCAGAAAGUCCGCAGCGAAGAGGAGGCGAUUCGCAUGGCGAACGACACGAACUAUGGCCUCGCUGCAGCUGUCCACACCACAAAUAUCAACGCCGCCAUCAGAGUAUCAAACGAACUCAAGGCGGGAACCGUCUGGGUGAACAACUACAACACGCUGCACUACCAGAUGCCGUUUGGUGGUUUCAAGGAGUCGGGACUGGGCCGCGAACUGGGGUCGUACGCGCUGGAGAACUACACGGAGAUCAAGACGGUCCGGGUGCAGCUUUCGAAGUCGUAG